AUUCAUUCCCAUUCAGUCGAUGGUAAUUAUUCAGAUAGGCUGCUUGUCGCGUGCCGUAGUCGUUGAUUAUACGACAAGUGCGUAAAAUUUACCAUGUCUUCAAGAUCAGGCAACUUUAAAAACCCCUUUUCUAGACCAUGGAUGACGGAAACUGGGGCAGCGGCCGCGGCAGGUGGCCCAGGAUCAAUAGGUUUGAAAGGAGUGGUUGCCGGCGGUAUUACUGGUGGCAUUGAAAUUUGUAUUACAUUCCCAACCGAAUACGUGAAAACACAACUUCAAUUGGAUGAAAAAGGUGGCACAAAAAAGUAUUCGGGAAUCUGGGACUGCGUAAGAACUACCGUCAAAGGACAUGGUGUUUUGGGCUUAUACAGAGGGCUAAGCGUAUUGCUUUACGGGUCGAUACCAAAAUCCGCUGUUAGAUUUGGUGUAUUCGAACAAGCAAAGCUAUACAUGAUAACAGACAAUGGUACACUAACGAACACUGGUAAACUGGCAUGCGGUUUGGCAGCGGGAGUGGCUGAAGCGGUGUUCGCCGUGACGCCAAUGGAAACCGUGAAGGUCAAGUUUAUCAACGACAUGCGUAUGGAGAAACCUCGGUUUAAAGGGUUUUUCCAUGGAGUAAGAACGAUCGUUAGAGAAGAAGGCAUCGGGGGAGUGUACAAGGGCGUAACUGCAACUAUCAUGAAGCAAGGCAGCAACCAAGCAAUAAGGUUCUUUGUGGUAGAAUCACUUCGGGAUUGGUACAAAGGUGGCGACAGGGACAAGCCGGUGCCGAAGUACAUCGUCGGAUUGUUUGGUGGUGUUGCCGGUGCGGCCUCAGUCUUCGGCAACACACCAAUAGACGUAGUCAAAACCCGUAUGCAAGGUUUAGAAGCUGCCAAAUACAAAAGCACUUGGGACUGCUUUAUUAAGACCUGGAAACACGAAGGUCCUCUCGCUUUCUACAAAGGUACCGUACCACGGCUCAGCAGAGUAGUAUUCGAUGUUGCUAUAACGUUCACUAUUUACGAUAGUAUUAUGGACGUAUUUAACUACGUUUGGAAGUAAAUUAGUGUUGCCGUGCCGCCUUUGUAAAAAAAAAAAACUACCAUAGUGGUAUAAAAAAUGGAAAUAUAUUAUACCAGUUUUAUAGUAAGAGUCGAUCACUUUUUUACUGCCAUACUUAUUGACAACUGUAUAAUUGUAAACGCUUAUGUUUUUUACUAGGAAUACUAUUCCGAUUAUAUACAAGUACCAUGAAGUUUUUCAGUGUUGCCAUAGUUUUGUUAGGAAUACUACCAGAUAGAUGUAAAAACUAGCGGUUUUAUAUAUUUGUACUAUUUUUUAUAGCAGGCAAUUGCAUACCACUCAUUGUCUACCACUACCUAAUGCUAUCUAUCACUUGUAAAAAAAAUAACACAUCAAUUGUAACAAUACUUUUAAGUGGUCAACGGAAACUAUUAGCUAUAUAAGUAAGCAAAUUAAGCUUAAUAUCCUAAAGUUUUAUCAAACUUUAAAGAUAAUAUUUCGAUUAAUUAAUAAUCGAAGGUCUAACCUAUAGUAGAGUGAUAUAAGUUCUUAAUCUUUAUGACAUUUUGUUUUGUCAUAUUUCUGUAUGGAGGAGGUCCUAGGAAGGUUCUUGUUAGGCUUACUUGUAGUCGAGUUUCUACGUGAUGCCCUUGUAAGUAUUGCUAUCAUAUGAAUUUCUACUAUAAUGGGAGAAUUUAAAAAAAGGUAUUUGUUAAUAAGAUGUUGGGCACCAAUGGGUGAAUUCAAGUUAAAAUAGUUUUUAGAAAAUGUUAUGUACAAAUACAUGGGUGAUAGUUAAAAAUUCACAUCAUAGAUAUAUUUUUAUAGCACUUACAUAGUAUGUAUGCUUAUCUUUUUUUGUUAUUAUACUUAAAAGUUUUACAUUUCUUAUUUUAAGUAUAUUUAUUGAGUUUUUGAAUGGUUUACUUUUUUAUAGCAGGGUCUGUGAUUUUUUCUACAAUUUUUAUUCCAUUUCAGAUAGCAUUUAAUGUGUCGUUUACGUUUUGUUUUGAUUCCGGAAAUUCCAUAUUUUAUUUUUAUAUAUGCUAACUAUAAACACGGUAAAUGUUGACAUGCAUGAUAUAAAUCUAUCUUUAUAAAAACAUAUUUUUUUAUUAUUUUUGUAACAUUCUUUGUGUUAUUUUAUUUAAGUGAUAAUUUAUUUACAAGUGAAGAAUCUACAAAAAAUUUUUGCGCUUUUUUAUUAAGUCAGUAUCUCUUUUGUAAAUCAUUUCACUAAAGUAUAUUUAUUAAAAAUUCAUAUUUAUUCUUUUGUUGUAAGUUAUAAACAGCAGCCUCGAAGUAAUUAAGUCUUUUUGUUGUUUUAAGUUAUCACCAAAAACUAUAAUUCUUAUAUUUAGUUUACACGUUAAUGGCUUUUAUUAAUAAAUUUGGCAUAACGUAGGAAUUGUUACCUCGUUAAUUCACGUUUCACAUUUAAAAGUUGUUGUCAGUUGAAAUGGGCCAAAAAAUUGCAUAAUAACUAUUCCGACUUUAUGCCAUGUUUUAUUAACUAACUAGGGCCUAUAGGUAUAGUACACAUAUAUUUGUAUACUAUUUUAAGUUCUUUUUUUAAUUCAAUGACAAACUCUGACGAAAUAUUUAAUGCAAUAAACUAAAUUGGAGUAAUUGCUUAAAUGAUAAGCUGUUGUGCCGUGCUUGAAAGAUCUUUGAUCAUUCCGAAUAAUAUAUUGUUCACUUUUGUGUUUCGUUUAUGUUUCAAUAAUUUAUUAUAAAGAUUUAUUUAAAUGUUUUUGGUUAAAUAAAUUUAGAA